AUGAGUGUAUUUAUCUCACACAUGGAUCUCCCAUCUCUUCACACCCUAUCUCGUGCCAUACUUGACGUCCGUGCUGCCAAUGUUGUCGUGAGUAGAGAAAUACUCAAGCGAUUGAAACAAUCCCCUGGUUAUGACCCAAGUUCCAUCCCACACGACUGGGAGUAUCUUUUGACGCAGUGGAUCAACCACUUCUACACUCGGGAGCGUGUGCAUCUCAUACUUCGACAGUCAGACUUGAAACCGAGAAAUUUGCAGCAGGUUCUGGGAUAUUACGAUCAAAUUAAAUCGACGUUGCAAUAA